AUGUACUCUUCCAUCCACACCACCGCACCAGGGCCAGAGUAUGAUAGCCCAACGCCAACGGAAUACACCUCUCUCCUGCCCAAGCCGACAGACGACCUGUUUCCCGAUUCUCUUUCCUCCAGAGACGCCGAGGUAACCGACCAUGACAGCAGGAAAGCGAUCCUCGCCGAGUUCCUGCUACUCCUAAAAUCCUCAGUCCCCGUCAUCCUCGCCUACGCUCUCCAGAACUCUUUGCAGACAGUCUCCGUCCUGAUCGUUGGGCGUAUCUCUCCGGAGCAUCUGGCCACCAGCGCAUUCAGUUUAAUGUUCGCCAUGAUCACGGCGUGGAUGAUCGCGCUGGGAGGGACGACAGCGCUGGAUACACUGGCCAGCUCGUCCUUUACCGGGUCCGACAAACGGAAUCUGGGGAUCCUGCUGCAGAGGGGGUUCUUCGUUCUGGGAUUGUUCUACCUUCCCGUGGCGGUUCUCUGGAUCUUCUCCGAGAAGGUGUUUCUGCUUCUAGGACAGGAUGCGGAUCUCUCCAAGGAUAGCGCGCAGUUCUUGACUGCCCUGAUUCCCGGGGGGCUGGGAUAUGUCUAUUUCGAGCUGAUGAAGAAAUAUCUACAGGCGCAGGGAAUAAUGCGGCCUGGCACCUAUGUCCUCCUACUCACAUCCCCGCUUAAUGCCGCCCUUACCUAUACCUUCUGCUACAAGCUCGGCCUCGACCUCCUGGGGGCCCCGCUCGCCCUUGGGAUCUCAUACUGGCUUUCCUUUGCGCUGCUCGUACUCUACGCGAUACUCGUCCGCGGCUCUGAAUGCUGGGGCGGCUGGAGCAGAGAAGCACUCACCAACUUGGGCACCUUCUCCCGCCUGGCGAUCCUAGGCGUCGUCCACGUCGGCACGGAAUGGUGGGCCUUUGAGAUCGUCGCGCUCGCCGCCGGAAGAUUGGGAACUAUCCCGCUCGCUGCACAGAGCGUCAUCAUGACCGCGGACCAGGUCCUCAACACGAUCCCAUUCGGCGUCGGCGUUGCGACAUCGGCUAGGGUUGGCAAUCUGCUCGGCGCCAAAGACGCAAAGGGCGCCAGGAGGGCGGCAAACGUUGCAGCCUGGCUGAGCAUGAUCCUCGGCCUGGUUGUCCUGGUGGCCUUCAUGGGUACAAAAGAUCAUUUUGCAAAGAUCUUUAAUUCCGAUCCCCGCGUCGUAUCCCUUACAUCCGCCGUUCUCCCCUUUGUGGCGCUGUUCCAGAUCGCCGACGGUCUGAACGGGUCCUGCGGUGGAAGUCUACGAGGUAUGGGACGGCAGCAUGUUGGAGCCGCUGUCAACAUCGUCAGCUACUACUGCGGCGCGCUGCCACUAGGCGUGUAUUUGGCGUUUCAUGGGUGGGGAUUGAAGGGGCUAUGGGUUGGCCAGUGUGUGGCGCUCUACCUGGUGGGAGCGUUGGAGUGGGUGAUUGUUGCAGCCAGCGACUUUGACAAGGAAGUGAGGAAGGCAUUUAAGAGGAUGGAUGAGGCUGCUUAUGCAGAGGAAGAGGAAGGGAGGUUGUAG